AUGGACUUGCUGGAAGCUGAUUAUUUUAACAGUAUUACCCGUGUGAGCGAGUUAAAAGGGUUAGAUGAUUUGCUUAAAGGAAAAACCAUGAAUCCUCUAGUUGUGGUAUCCGGAAGAGUUGCUUCUGCAGCACCCUUUGAAUGCAAACAUAAUGGUCCUUUGGGUUUUGUUUACGAAAAUAAGUUCGAAGUGGAUUCUGAUCUCAAGUGGGUAGAUGGUGAGUUGAUGGACAUGUCUAUCAAUGUUCUGCUACGAGCAAAACAAACUCCUUGGUAUCUGGAAGACAAUACUGGUCGGGUAAAUGUCGUGGUAGGCUACGAUGCUGUAGGGUUUUCUAAAAUUCUAAAAGAGUAUGUAGGUUUGCCGAACAUGAAGAGUGAAUCCGAUUUCUGUGAAAUCAUUUUGUCAGCCAAAGAAGGCUCUAAGGUGGUCUAUAGGGAUGCUCUUGAUAUUGGUAGAUACUUGACUUUUGUCGGGGAGGCUGCUAGAGACAAAGCCGGUAAUCUCAUGAUUCAAAAACCCAAGGAACAACCUUUUAGGGUCUUCGAUGGAGAGGGCUCUUUUGAUAAAAUGGUUGACAAGCUGAAGUCAAAUUCAGAGUUUUAUAUUUUCUACUCUAAGAUCUUCGGAACCGUUGCUGUGGCUGUAGCCAUUGUGUACGGUGUGGAUUUUAUAAGGUGGAAGAAAAAGAACUCUGGAAACAACAGCUAA